AUGAAAAGGGUGGUUCGAAAGAAGGAGGCGAUCAGGAACAACAGUUCUCAGUAUCUUAUGAAGUCAAAGGAAAGAGAUGAUAAAGACUUCAUUUCUCUUCCCGUGGAGCUGAUAAUAGAGAUUCUUACGAAACUACCUCCGAGAUCGUUGUCCAAGCUCAUCUGCGUUUCAAAACUCUGGUCAUCUAUAAUCCAAGGGAAGUAUUUCACUGACUUGUACCUCACUCGAUCUUCCACUCGGCCGCGUCUUCUUUUCCAUCGCUACUGUUUUGACACGAGGCUCUCUCACUAUUCCUCUCUGGAGAAUCCUUCUUUUGUUCAUAGUAUUACUCUUCCAGGGUAUCAAAUUUCACCACCAGUCCGUGGCUUGAUCUGUUGUAGAGAUCAUGAUUCUAAUGCGGCCAUUGGCAAUCCUAGCACGGGUCAGUUCUUAACUUUACCUAAAGUCGAAAGAUCGUGGCUCAAUGGAAUCUUUCUUGGAUAUGAUCCGGUUGAUGAUCUAUACAAAGUCCUUUCCAUGAUUGUUGUACUUCAAGAUAAACAUGGAUAUCAAGGUCAAAGGUGUCAAGUCCUCACUUUAGGAGCUCAAGAAUCGUGGAGAACGAUCGAAUGUAAGUAUCCCUAUUACGCUUUAACUCAAGGUAUAUGUCAGAAUGGGGUUAUUUAUUAUGGAGCUUGCCCCGACAUUGGCGACAGAUAUGUACUAGUGAGCUUUGAUUUGAGACUUGAAGAGUUUAGUCUUAUUACAUUACCAGAAGGUGUCCACGUUAGUGGAUAUCCUCCUGAGUCUGAUUUGGUGAGCUACAACGGAAAAAUCGCCUUAGCAAAUCAUUCACCUAGUCCUAAAUUCGACUUGUGGGUUCUGAUGGAUGUCAACAAACAAGAGUGGACACAAAUUUCUUUCGUGGUUCCUUGUUGGGAAGAUUCAGAAGGGAAUGCCAAAUUUCGUUUCAAUGUUUUACGUUGGCCUUGGGAAGACAAAAUGCGUUGCAGGGGUACUAUUAGUACAGGCGAGCUAAUAAUUGAACCACGCGAUAACCCCUACCAGUUUUCUCUUCUCUAUUACAAUCCCAAAGAAGACAAGGCUAGAAGAGUUGACCUUGAAAGAAGUGGAGAUCGCUGUAUUCAUAGGAUAACCUUCCUGGAUCAUAUAGAGAGUCCUAUGUUUCUUCCAAGGAAGUUUAUCAGUUGA